UCAAUACAGAUAGAUGAAUGGAUGUGUCUACGGCUUUUUGAAAGCCGACGACAGAGAUGGCGUCGUCAAUUGUGAUAUGUAGAUGUCUGCCGAGAAGCCACUAUAUAUUCUCCUGUUCGACGGGCAUAAUGGACGGUAGCACUCGCCCACUAUUCAUCACUCUGGGCGAAUUUUCAUUUUGCGAUGUCUGGGUUCGAUUUUCUGGACCUGGGAAAUACACUGUUGGUCGGCUUUUUAUUCGCUCUUAUGCUCUAUGGCUGCAGCGUUGCUCAGGUUUUAUAUUACGUAUGGAAGUAUCCCGAGGACAGGUGGAUGCUGAAACUGCUGGUCGCCGUGUUGUGGUCGUUGGACACUGUUCACACAAUCAUUGACAUCAUGAUUGUAUGGCAUUAUGUCGUGGCAGGUCAUGGGAAUUUGCUCGAACUCGAAAAAUUAUACAGCACAGCCGUUGCCGAGUAUGCACUAGCGGUGCCAAUAGUGUUUCUCGUACAAUGCUAUUAUAUCUACAUCAUUUGGAGACGAUACAUCCACGAUUCCGAUCACCGCGUGACUCUAAAGUUAGCUGCACUCUAGCCAGCCUAGCCGUUCAAGCUGGUCACCUCGCAUACCGGUGAUGUUUCUUGUGUAACGAACUUCGUCUGUGUUAUUCCGGUCGAUCUCAAGCAAGCGGCCCCGACGU